AUGGAAGCGGCUCUCGUGAGUGUAGCGACAGCAGCCCUGAAACCUGUCAUGGGGAAGCUUGGUACUUUGCUGGGCGACAAGUACAAGCGUUUUAAAGGUGUGCAUGGCGAGAUCGAGUUCCUUACUCGUGAGCUUGCUGCCAUGGAUGUGUUUCUCAUGAAGAUUUCGGAGGAGGAGGAUCCCGAUGUGCAGGAUAAAGUUUGGAUGAACGAGGUGCGUGAGCUGUCCUAUGACAUGGAGGACUGCAUCGACGACUUCAUGCAAAGCAUCAAUGAUAAGGACUCUAAGCCAGGAUUCAUGGAUAAGAUCAAUCACUUGCUGGGAAAGAUGAAGGCGCGCCGUCGGAUUGGCAAUGAGAUCAAUGAUUUGAAGAAGCAGAUCACUCAGGUGGGCGAGAAGAACACAAGAUACAAGACUGAGCUGGGAAAGAGAAAUGCAAGGCACAAUCCCGUCAAAGCAUUCUCGGAAACCAUCAAUGGAGCCGUUGACACUAGAGCUCUUGUUAUCUUUGACCAUGUGUCAAAGAUUGUCGGAAUUGAUGAAUCGAGGACUGAAAUUAUAAAUUUGUUGACUGAAGAGGAAGGACAUGUGUCAACACGACAACCAAAGAUAGUAUCCAUCGUUGGGUCUGGAGGAAUGGGCAAAACGACUCUUGCAAAUCAAGUGUACCAAAAGCUUAGACGAGAAUUCCACAGUUUUGCUUUCGUAUCUGUGUCACGUAGUCCAAACAUGACGAACAUCCUGAGAACCAUCCUUAGUAAGAUUAGCAAGAAAAAUUAUGCUGUUACUGAAGAAGGGAGCAUUCAGCAGCUUGCUAUCAACAUCAACGAGUUCCUGAAAGACAAAAGGUACUUUAUUGUUGUUGAUGAUAUAUGGGACAUGGAUGCAUGGGAUGUUAUUAAGUGUGUAUUCCCCAUGACCAGUACUGGUAGUAGAAUAAUCAUCACUACUCGUAUAAACAGUAUUGCAGAAGCAUGCAGUUCAUCAUUCAAUGGCCAUAUUUUUGCUAUAAGGCCUCUUGGUAUUGUGAACUCUAGAAAAUUAUUCUACAGAAGACUAUUCGACUCCGAAGAGCAUUGCCCUUCUCACCUUGAAGAAGUUUCUGAUCAAAUCUUGCAGAAAUGUGAUGGCAUGCCUUUAGCAAUCACUGCUAUAUCUGGCCUGCUAGCUAGCAAACAAAAAACAGUGCUUAUAUGGAAUGAAGUCAAAGAUUCAAUUGGUUAUGCACUUGAGAGAAAUCGUAGUGUUGAAAGUAUGAUGAAGAUAUUGUCACUUAGUUACUUUGAUCUGCCUUCUCUUCUAAAAACAUGCAUCUUGUACCUGGGUAUAUUUCCAGAAGAUGCUAUAAUCAAGAAGAAACGUCUAAUAAGGAGUUGGAUUGCUGAAGGAUUCUUUCAUAAAGAAGGCAGAUAUACGGUAGACGAGUUAGGAGAGAUGUGUUUCAAUGAGCUCGUCAAUAGGAGUUUGGUCCAACUGGUGAUUGAUGAAGACCAUAAGCUGAAUACUAUUAGAGUUCAUGACACAAUUCUUGAUUUCAUCAUAUCCAAGUCCACUGAGAGUAACUUUGUUACUUUGGUAGGUGUUCCCUUUGUACCAAUUAAUGGCGAAAGGAAAGCUCGGCGGCUGUCUCUCCAAGUUGGUAGAGAGGAAAGUUCUAUCGUGCCAACAAGGGGCCUUGUAUUGUCCCAUGCCCGAUCACUCAAUAUUUUUGGAAAUUCAGAAAUUCCACGAUUGGAUGAGUUCACUCGUGCACGUAGUCUGGAUUUUGGGGGUCCGGGUUCCCCUUACCCUGGAAGCAGCAAAUUGAAAAGCCACCAUAUUAAUAAUAUAGGGAGGUUGCUUUAUCUAAGAUACCUUAACCUCAGGGGAACAGAAAUAACUGAGCUCCCAGCACAUAUCGGGUGUCUACGAUGCCUACAGAUAUUGGAUCUAAGAGACACAUUCGUAAGGAAACUGCCAGCAAGCAUAGUGAAUCUAGGGAAUUUGGUGCAACUCUUUACUGAUCGGGAAGUUGCAUUUCCUGAUGGAAUUGUGAAGCUGCAGUCACUUGAGGUGUUGCAACAGGUUGGCUUCUUCAGGCAGACGUUUAAGUUCAUGCAAGAACUUGGCCAAUUUCUGAAUCUAAGGAUGUUGUCUAUUGAUUUCCAAGAACAUAUUCCAUAUGGAGGUACACGUGAUGCUACAGAGUGGGAGGAAGCUAUUGCUUCUUUUAUUCAUGGCCUUAUUUCUAUGAUCAACCUUUGUUGUUUAAAAAUUAGAAAUGGGACCAGCUUGCCUUUGGGAACUUUGUGCCCUGUUCCACUUAGCCUCCAUAAACUUGUGGUACAUGAUUCGCCAUUCUCGAAGGUUCCUGAAUGGAUAUCCUCACUUGUCAAUCUCCAAGAGAUAAAUAUUGAAGUGGAGGGAAUCAUGCAGAAUGAUCUCUGCAUUCUUGGAAGCUUACCCGCUCUGCUCAAGCUAGAACUAAACGAGGGAUACCUUAGUUCUUGGAAGCUUACCCGCUCUACUCAAGGUAGAACUAGAAUGUUGACAGUUAGUGGUGAAGUUGGGUUCCCAUACUUGACGAAGUUUCAGUAUGGUACAAAGAGUCGAGGAAUGGAUAUGAAGUUUGCAGCAGGUUCCAUGCCCAAGCUAGAAAUGCUCGUGAUUUUUAUGGGCAUGCCAUGUAUGGAUGAAACUGAGACAGUUGGUUUUGAUUUUGGGAUAAAAAAUCUCCCCAAACUCGUUACUCUCGUUUGUAGAGUAAACGGCGAUCCCUGCAGUUUUGAGGCUUCUAUGAAGAGUGUGGUCAGCACACAUCCCAACCGCCCUACUGUGCUCGUUCGUGGAAUCUAUCCGUAA